GGCUAUGUAAUUGAUGGUCUAUUUGUUGUGUUUGCAAGUGAUACUUUAAUAUCGCUAUCAGCCUAAUGGCAUAUCUCACUCAACUCGUCCUCGAAUUUCAAGGCUGCACACCAAGCUGCCAUUACAACAUGCCAUUGCUACUGUUGUGUAUGCUCAAAAGAGAGUCUAUCUUAUCGUAUACUUGCUAGAACAGGAUGAUUACCACGACAGAAGCUUCUCCUUUGUCGCUUUCUUGCGUCAAAUGUGUAUAGCCAUGAGUUUUUGAAUACACUGUCGAAAUGUCAAUAAUGCUGUCCAACAUGUUGAACCGAAUCUCUCGCAUUCCUGCAGGACGGCUACUGAUGGACAUACAAAUGAGCACACACAUAUGCAUGUGGUUUUGUGCAGCUGGAAAAAAAGGACGAAAUGACGAUUGAAGGCGACCGCAUUUAUCUUCUUGGCGCUACUGGACGGAUCGGUUCGGUGAUUUUACCCGAACUUAUCAAAGCUGGUGUUCAAGUGACUGUAUACGCGCGUUCACCAGCAAAGGUGCCCAAGGCCGAAAACAUCACGAUAGUCCAGGGGGACUACGACGACUUAACUCCAUUCGAGAAUUCUAUUGCUGGCCAUACCCGCUUGUUUCUAUUGGUUGCCGACCGCGAAGACCUGGACAAGGUCAAGAUUGCGUUCGGUACGCGCGCGUACGCCGCUGGCAUAAAGCAGCUUGUGGAGCUUUCGGCCAGACGACUGCCUUGGCGUAGUUACAAUGUGGUUCACGUACACCAGCAGGCAGAAGACGCGCUAUACGCAAUCAAGGACCGAGGCUAUCAUGUUGUGCUCCGCCCAACGAAUUUUAUGACCAACAUGACGGAUUAUGAUACCAUCAAGAACGACAACCGUAUUGUGGACUCGGCAGAUUCGGAUGAGCAGCAAGAGUGGAUUUCGCCCGCGGAUAUUGGCACUGUGGCAGCCAGAAUUUUACUACAGCCGGUCGAGCAGCACAAAGAUGUGGCUUACGAGCUGAUUGGCGACGUUAAAACACCCGCUCAGCGCGCUGCCAUUAUCUCCAAGUUGACGGGCCGCACUAUUUCGUAUUCCCAGCUGCCAGUUCAAGAGUUGUACGACUUUUUCAUCAAGGCUGGCGAAACACCAUCCAUGGCAUACUACAUGUCGACCUAUCAGUCUUUGAGUCCCGUCUCGCGAGGAUUGCCGCUGCUAUUAGGACGAGCGCCGGAGAAGCUUGAGGAUUGGGCAGCCAAUAACAAGGAUCUGUUUUAGAUCCAUGCAAAUGGGAGAUAUGCGCAGCGAAGACAGAUGUUUGGUUUGGCUUUCGUUUAAAAUGAUUAAACAUCUUGUAUGCAUUGUCGUCUCCCAAGAGUAGCAUGAUACACUUAAAAUAUGGUACAGGUAGCAUCGAUGCAGCUCCUGCAGGGCAAGAUGAGCCUUGCUGAAUGUGAU